GGUUCUUUUGCAUAUACUUCCGAUAGGCUAUGGCCGCUGGUUCACCACAGCUAACCCCAACAGCCUCAUGGCCGCUAAUCGCCUUGCAAUGCCGGCGGGGAGAACGCCGAACCCUUUGGAGUCGCCGUCCUCAUCCACCAGGCAAGCCGCGUCGGCGGCGGACUGGAACUGGAAGGCGCGGUUCGAGGCGUACAACCGGCUGCAGGCAGCGGCGGCGGAUCUCGGGGAGAAGCUCCCGAUCCCGGAGAUCGUGGCGGUGGGAGGCCAGUCGGACGGGAAGAGCUCCCUCCUGGAGGCCCUCCUCGGCUUCCGGUUCAAUCUACGCGAGGUCGAGAUGGGCACCCGCCGCCCCCUGGUCCUCCAGAUGGUUCAUGACCCCACCGCCCACGAUCCCCGGUGCCGCUUCAAGGAGGAGGACUCGGAGGAGUAUGGGAGCCCACUGGUGGUGGCCACGGAAAUCGCUGACGUCAUUAAGCAGCGCACGCAGUCGCAUCUCCAGAAGAUCCAGGCCGCCGUCUCGUCCGAGCCCAUCUUCAUGAGGGCCGAGUACGCCCACUGCCCCAACCUCACCGUCAUUGACACCCCAGGUUUGGUGCUUAAGCCUAUGAAGGGUGAGCCAGACACCACACCGGAGGAGAUCCUGUCGAUGGUGAAGUCAAUAGCCAGCCCGCCCCACCGUCUCCUUUUGUUCCUCCAGCAGAGCAGCGUCGAAUGGAGAUCUUCGCUCUGGCUGGAUACUAUCAGAGAGAUUGAUCCCUCGUUCAGGCGCACGAUUAUCAUCGUCUCUAAGUUUGACAACCGCCUCAAGGAAGUCAGUGAAAGGUGGGAAAUUGAUAGUUACUUGAGUGCCAGCGGUUACCUUGGGGAUAACAUCCACCCUUUCUUUGUGGCUCUUCCAAAUGAUCGUGGAACGACCACCGACGAGGGGUUUCGUAGCCGAAUCUGCCAGGUUGAUAUCGACGUGUUGCGUCACUUGCAGGAAAAGGUGAAAGGGGGUUUUAGCGAAGAGAAAUAUGCACCAUACAUUGGGUUUUCCUGCCUCAGGAAGCACCUUGAAUCUGAAAUUCAAAAGAGGUACAAAGAAGCAGUUCCAGCCACCCUAGCACUGUUAGAGGAGCGAUGCAUUGGGGUUUCAGAAGACCUAUCCAGACUGGAAUCCAAACUGCAAGCAACUUCUGAUGUCAGUCAGCUGAGGAGAUCGGCAACGCUUCACGUUGCUUCUAUUUGCAGGCAUUUGCAUCACCUGCUUGUUGGAGCAGCUGAUCUAGACCCUGAGCUAUGGGGUUUAACUACUGAAGAGGAACAGAAGCAUAGUGGUAUUGUCAGAUGGCCUGGCAUUACCAUUGCACUAGAACCUGCCAACUUCAGUCUCAAGUUGUAUGGCGGUGCUGCUUUUGAAAGAGUAAUACAUGAAUUCCAUUGUGCAGCGUACUCAAUGAAGUGCCCUCCAUUGUCAAGGGAGAAGGUUGCAAACAUACCAGUUGCUCGUGCUGAGAAAGGCAGGUGCAGUGGAUUGACUAUGGUAGCAGCUGACAUAGCACGUGCAGCCGCACGAUCAUUUCUUGCUCCUCUUAUUGAUACUGCAUGUGAUAGGCUUGCCUUUAUCCUACAAAGUCUAUUUGAACUUGCAAUGGAGUGUAGCCGCAAUCAUGAUUCAAGAUUAGAUAAUCAAAAUGCUGAAGAUAUGGAUGGAUAUGUUGGCUUCCUUGCUGCUGUCCGGCGCUCAUAUUAUAAGUUUGUGGAGGAUUUGUCCAAGCAAUGCAAGCAAACAGUGCGACAUCACCUUGAUUCAGUUACGAGUCCCUACUACCACUUCCCUGGGGUCACAUUUUUGGAUCUGUCAGACAGUGGAUCUGUGCUGGAGCUGCCAGGUGAUUCGAUUGGUGGCAAGAAGAAAGGCAAUGGAAACAUGAUUGAUGGUGGGGCAAAGAAAAAGCACGCGACUAUGCCUGCAUAUGCUAACACUAACAGCAACCAUCACAGCAAUGACAUCCCUGGUGCUGAUGAUCUGGUCUCAAAGUCUGGGUCAUCGUACUCUAGCAUAUGCUCAAUAUAUGCUCAAUAUUUUGCUAAAAUGCGAGAAGUCCUGAUCGAAAGGAGUGUUCCCUGUGAAUUGAAUUCUGGGUUCCUAACACCGUGGCAUGAAAGGUUGUUCUUAGCGCUUGGCUUCGAGCUGUUUGCUGUUAAAGAUGACAAGUUCAUGAACAUGUUCGUGGCUCCUGGUGCUGUUGACGCAAUCCAGAAUGAGCGUGAAUCUCUGCUAAAACAUCAAAAGACAUUUGUGUCUUGUUUAAACGAGUUCAAAAACAUCUCAUCAACCCUGUAAUGAAGACCUUGUGCUUCUUUCACGGGCAUGAAUGGUGGACCCGGAUUUCACCUAAGCCCUGGGCUAAAAUCUAAACGUACUACUACAGUCAUCCAAGAUUAUAAUGUGUGCUGUUUUUAAAUGUUCUUGUCCAUAAUACAAUGUCUAUUUAUGCCUCUAUGCAAAUCUGUAUGUCCUUAGACAUAUUAUGUUUAAGUUUGAAUUCUCUACCACAUCAUUGAAAUGCAUUGAAAGUACUUGGGGAUGACAA